CCCGGGAAGUGGAAGAUUUUGCCAGGGGAGGUGGGGUGGACCAGGCAGAGCGUAGGGCCUCUGAAAGGGCUGCUUACAAAGCACUUGCCAGCGCAGAAGCAAAGGAACGUGCUGAAUCUUCUGUUCGACGCGCCCUCACUGAUUUAGAAAAGACUCAUAACGAUUUGGUGGCAGAAAAGAGGACACUGGAAGAGCGUUUCCAAGACACUCAGCGGAGACUCCGUGAAUUGGAGGUUCAGAUCGAGGCCGAAGAUAGAGAAUCUUCUGAGUUAGGCAUUCACAGGCAUCGUUUAGUACAACAACUGCAAGAUGAAUGUCAGCAGCAUCAGAAGGACCUCGCAGAACGUGAUUUCGCCAGCGACCAGACGCGAAAGAAAUAUCAAGGUUGGUGACAGCUUUGGUAAAAUAUCCUUUCUAAUGAAAGCUCCAGCUGAACUAGCACAGUUGAGCGAAGAAAUGCAAGCGCAGCGAGAUGCGAUGACGAGGCUACGAGAAGAUAACCGCAAAAUACAUUCCGACUACGACGAGCUGCAGCUAAGAUUCGAUGACGAGGUCUACAAUGGAGGCGCAUGGAACAGGGAGAAAGACCGGAUGGAAACGAAGAUUGCCGAUCUAACUAAAGCCUUUGAAUCAUCGACUACAGCUCAAUCCGACCAGCAAGCGCAGAUCGUAUCACUUCACUCGCAAGUUCGAGAACUUCGAAGCGUUCUCAACGAUGCUGAGGCGGACAGGGCAAUGCUACAAAAGGCACGCCGCUCUUUGCAGGCGGAACUUGAAGGCAUCAAGCUUGACCAUGUCGAUGCAACGAAAAUGACUUCAGAUCGAGAACUGCAGAAGCUACAGCUGAAGAAACAAGAUCUUGAGCGAUCUCUGGAGGAACAAGAAGAUCGUGUAGCUAUGGCCUUUGACCGCCUGAAGAGAGCUGAGGCGCACGCCAACGAAAGCCAGCUGGAACUUGACCGGAUUCGUGUCGAGAAUACUGAACUGGAUAGAGUGAAUGUAAGUACCUGAAAUAUGAUCUCCAGCGUGCUCACUCUGUCCUACAGGCACAGCUAGAGAAGCAGGUCAAAGACCUAAACGUCCGCGUGGUUGACCUCGAAACGAAGUCAUAUGUAAACUCUCCUCACCCAU